UUUGAUUGCCGCCGUAAAGAAAUACUAAAAUGAUUGAGGAAACUGUUUCUAUUAAUGUAAACGAAAAGAUUUCAACAAAGGAAACUAUACAGGAUGAUGUGAAAAACAGCUCCGUGUCAGAAUUAAAAGAUGAUAAGGAAGUGAAAUCACCUCAGUAUAAUUUACAGAAAUUCAAGCUUACGCGAAUUUUACAAAACAAUACAGUGCGAAAAAGCAUUGCACUACUCGGUACAUUUCCAGACUUAUCUGAAUCGGACCAAGCGAUCGUAUUAUUUGAAAAGGAAGUAUUUAGAGAAAAGGAUGUUCAAACAGAGGCUACUAAUGACGAAAUUGCUACGAAAGGUGCAGAAGAAAAAAAAGCCGCUAAGAAGCUUACUUACUUUAAUGAUGACCUUCAAGUAAAAACUGAAUUUAUAAACAAUAUUUACGGCAGUUUUCAGUGUGUAGCAAGCUCCGAAUUAAAUGGUUUGAAAACGACGGUUGUAUAUCCGGCAACAGAGAAACACAUUGAAAAAUAUUCCAUAAAUCUAAAAUAUGUCGUUACCGAAACACCAGAAUUGUAUAAAAACAUAACACUGCCUUUUCUGGAAAGCAGCCAGUUUUCCUUAGAGUGGGUGUAUAACAUACUUGAACAUAAACAAGAAACCGAACGCAUCAUUUUUGAAGACAAAGAUCCAGAUGAAGGAUUUAUACUGUUGCCAGAUCUCAAGUGGGAUGGACGUAAUGUUGAAACAUUGUAUUUGAUUGCUUUACCUCAUAAACGGAAUAUAAAAUCUUUACGCGAUUUAACCGGUGAACAUUUACCUUUGUUGAGAAAUAUUCGUAAGUUAGCUGUUGAAAAAAUUGAGGAACUUUAUGGUAUCUCAGGCAGUCAAUUACGUAUGUAUUUCCACUAUCAGCCAUCAUUUUAUCAUUUACAUGUACACAUAAAUCUUUUGCGCAACGAUGCACCUGGCAUUUGGUGCGAAAAAUCUCAUAUGCUCGACACUGUUAUUAAUAAUUUGGAAUUAGUACCUGAUUAUUACAGCCGGGCUACGAUUCCGUUUGUGUUGUACAGUGGAAAUAAAUUAUUAGACCAGUAUUCUGAUACUUUGAAGCUAUGUAGUAGUAAACGAAAGUCUUUAGAAAACACAGAUGUGGAAACUAAACGACAGAAAUUGUCUGACAAUUAAAUAAUUGUGGUUAAAAAGUAAAUUAAAAUUACAUUUGAUUUUCUACUUUAAAAUCUUGAUAAAAUAAAGUAUAAUUUGUUAAUUUAAAAUACUAAUAAACUUAAAAUUUUUAUGC